UAAAAUCAGAAGACAAUGUUACAGAUCCAAGGAAUUUAACUCAUGUCUGUCUCUGAAGCUGUCAAUGUGAGUGACCCCACAUAUUUGGAAACUCAUAAUCUAACCCUUCUCUUCUCUACAACAUUCUUUCAUUCACCUCAAAAACAACCCUCCACAAAAUGGGGUCAAUUCCUCUUGGAACUUCAGUAUCUCCAACUCCUAUAUACACUUCAAAAAUCUCAUCUUUCAAUACUAAUUUUAAGAAAUCAAGUGCUUUCCCAUCUUGGGUUUCACCUUCAUCUCAUGAAUUAUCAAUUCUUUCUCCCUCCCAAUCAGGAUUAUGCAGAGCCAGUCAAGUUGUUGAUUUGUUUCCAACUGUGUCUCCUGAAAUUACUGUUAGAGAGGCGAGAUUAGAGGACUGUUGGGAAGUGGCGGAGACUCAUUGCAGUUCUUUCUUUCCUGAAUAUUCAUUUCCAUUAGAUUUCGUGUUGAGGAUGGAUAGAUUGGUGGCUAUGUUAGCAGGAUUCUCUUUGCCGAACGGUUGCAAAAGAACCUGUCUGGUUGCUGUGAUCGGCAAUUCACUUGAUCAAACUUUCUUAUUUGGAAGUGAAGAUUUCAAAAUUGCGGGAUUUGACGGGAAGUUAAGCCUCAACAAGGGAUAUGUAGCUGGCAUAUUGACAGUGGAUACCGUUGCCGACUUUCUUCCUAGAAAGGGACCGCUGCGACAGAGAAGGACUGGAGUUGCAUACAUAUCAAAUGUGGCAGUGCGAGAAAAGUUUAGACAGAAAGGAAUAGCAAAACAGUUGGUGGCUAAGGCAGAAUCCCAAGCCAGAAGUUGGGGCUGUCGCGCAAUUGCAUUACACUGUGAUUUACGAAAUCCUGCAGCGACAAAGUUAUACGAAGGGAGAAGUUUCAAAUCUAUAAAGGUUCCAGAAGGAGCAAACUGGCCACAACCAAAGACCUCACCAGAUGUUAAGUUCAACUUCAUGAUGAAACUUCUGAACAAAUCAGCAGUUUCUUAAUACUAAUUAGAUACUUAGUAGAUAGAAUUUUUUCUCUUGUACAAUGUUAUGUAAAUGAAGAAUUUAAGUUAGAAAUUGCUGAGUCACUCUAAUUUGCAUAUUACUUUAUUCCUACUCAUGAAGUUUUAUAAAGGAUACAUCUUAUACUCUA